AUCAUUGCAUUGCAUGAGAUGUACUGUACUUUAAAUGCCAUUCAAAUGCAAUGAUGUUUUCAAUACCAUAUGAUUGAUAUGUUUAUGCAUUGAAUGACUGAUCGAUGAAAUGCAUUGUUUUGACAGAUAUUGAAGUCAUUUAAUUGAAUCCAAUAGUCUUUGAUUGAAUUUUGCAGUCAUUGACACCAUUGAUGUCAAAUGUCGGACAACAGUAUAACUCGGGCUGAGUUGAUCUCCAUUUUCAUUAGAGCCGGCAUUUUAGGUAUUUGUUCAUAUUUUGCGGUCAAAUGGAUGGUUAAUACAUUAGAUCCGACCAGAAAACAGAAACGUGAGGCACAACUAAGGGCCGAAAGGCUAUUAUCGCGAUUGGGUGUCAAAGACUUGAAGACACAACUUAAUGAGUAUGAACUGUCAAUUGCCGCUCAAUUAGUUGAUCCACAGAGUAUUGACGUGACGUGGAAUGACAUCGCAGGUCUUGAAGAUGUAAUCGAUGACAUUAAAGCUACUGUUAUUUUGCCUAUUCGUACGCCAGAGUUGUUUGUUCGGUCAGAACUACAUCAGCCACCAAAAGGAGUGUUACUUCACGGACCACCCGGUUGUGGAAAAACAAUGAUAGCAAAGGCCACGGCAAAGGAGGCGGGCGCCCGAUUCAUCAAUUUAGAGGUACCGGCGCUUACAGACAAGUGGUACGGAGAGUCGCAAAAACUUGCGGCCGCAGUCUUCACACUUGCUCUUAAACUUCAGCCCUGUAUUAUAUUUAUCGAUGAAAUCGAUUCAUUCUUGAGGAGCCGCGAGACUCAUGACCACGAGGCCACUGCAAUGAUGAAGGCACAGUUCAUGAUCUUAUGGGACGGACUCAUCUCCGCUAAACACUGUCAGGUGAUUGUUAUGGGAGCCACUAAUCGACCACAAGAUGUGGAUAAAGCAAUACUUCGUCGAAUGCCUGCUAUGUUUCAAAUUCAGUUACCAAACAAAGAAAAAAGAAGAGCUAUCAUUGAUUUAGUACUUGAAAGGGAAGAUCUCAAUGAAAAUGUCGAUUUAGUGACUAUUGCCGAUAUCACUGAAGGAUUUUCUGGUAGUGAUUUAAAAGAGAUGUGCAGAAGUUCAGCGAUGUUCAGAGUCAAAGAGUUUUCAACUCAACUUCUCAAUAAUGGAAGUGCCGGUGAUUGUGAUGAAAGAGAAGAGUUUACAUCACCGGAUGUCAUAUCAAGUUUAAGACCAAUGAAUAUGAAUGACUUUUUGUCUGCCAUUCAGAAGAUGAAAGAAAGCAAAGUUUCGUUACUUACGGGUCAUUCAAUGAUAGGACUCGACUAAAUUGAAUGUAUUUUUAUUUUACAAUUAGUUUAUAUUUUACCCAUUAAUUAUUGUAUAUCCAGUAUAAACCUAUAGUCACAAAAUUAUAUGUAAAAAAGUUUAGAUAUGUAGAAACAAUUAUUUAUCAUAUAUUUUCUAUUAUAAUUUGUUAAUUAUCUAUAAAUACAACCAUAAUUGCAUAGAAACAUCAAUUUCACUGAAUUUUAAUAUCUAGUAUUGAAGAUAAAUGCAUGACAUUAUUGACACAGUUUUUUCAAUUAUAAGGCAUAACUUCUCAUAUAAUAAAAAUAGACUUUAUAUACCAAUUCCUAAACAAUACUUUUCAAUAUUGUUUUAAAAUUAUAUUACCGGUAAAUAUUCAUACUAUUAUAUAAUUA